AUGCAGCGCUCUCUGCCUGAUCUCAAUGCACCAAAGAAACGGCGGCAACACGAGGGCCCCUUGUCGUUUUGUUAUAACACACACGAUAACAAUAACGAAGGGAUACGUCACAAGAUCGGGCGCAAAGGUAAUAAAACUGUUGGUCACGUCGGUCGCAAGGCGUUGAGUCGAAGCACUCAGCAGCUAUUUCCAAAGCCGUGGUGGCACCGCCGCCGAUCUGUACACUUCAAGCAUGCAAAAGGUACCAGUGGCACCUCAUCCUCCUGUUCAUCGGUAGGGAUCCAGCUGUUUUCAACCUUUUUCGUCACACCAAAGGAGUUGACUGCCGCACUGCGCAAGCGGGAGAGGUCCCUCGAGCGGCGGCAGCGGCAGUGUGUACAGUGCAUGGAAAAGCAUAAAGUUCGUCACGAUUCUUGCAAGGAGAAAGCAAAGACUACCGUUUGUGUCGUAUCCGGCAUAUCUGGUGGUGAUCAUAUGCCCUUGGUGGUGAGAGAGCAGGGUGUGCAGGAAGAUAAUACAGAGGAACUUUCAUCCAUGUUGACUACGGUUCGUUUAUUAUGCACGUCGGUAAAGCGAUCAGCUGCAGCGUGUGUUGAUGUCAGAGCGGGGAGUCGUGCGCUUUGUAGGCAGUGUCGUGGCCUUACCUCGUGGGUCUGUCCAAUGCUUCUUCACACCGCAUCCCGCACACGCCGUGCGUCCUGUAAUGUGUCCCUGUCGGAGUAA